GUGGCUCUUUGUGCUCAGCACUACAACUCUACUACUCUACAGUCUGGGACCAACAGAAAAUGGAGAGCCAUUCAUUGGAACAACAAAAUACACGUUUCCUCAAUCACCAGGUUUCAGAAUGUCUCAGCCCACACAAGCAGCACACUCCAUCCCACCUCACACUCUGACCCUCCUGGCACGGGAGUGGCUAGCAGAGGACACACCCAACUUUGACCCAGCGGGAGUGUGUGUGGGCUCGCUGGAGGUAGAGGCGAGGUUGCUGUGUAAAACACCACACAGCGUCUUGGCAGGGAGCCCCUUCUUCACAGCAGUGUUCACUGAGGUCGGCUGCACCGUGGACUGGAUUUACCAAGAGGGAGCUGCGAUUGGUCCAGAUGCCAUCACACUGACUGCUGUGGUGAGAGGCCCAGCAAGGUGCCUCCUCCUUGGGGAAAGGCCGGCUCUUAACUGCCUGGCCCGAGCCUCUGGGAUCGCCACCCGCUGUACUCAGCUCCAGGCAAUGGCAACAGCAGAAGGAUGGCAUGGAGAAGUGGCUGGCACACGCAAGACCACCCCAGGCUUCCGUCUGGUGGAAAAGUACGCAAUGUUGGUUGGUGGUGUGUCCAUGCACAGACAAGACCUGAGUGGAAUGGUGAUGCUGAAGGACAACCAUAUCUGGGCUUCAGGAAGUAUCACACAGGCUGUGAAAGCUGCCCGGUCAGUGUGUGGCUUCAGCAGUAAGAUUGAGGUGGAGUGCCGCUCUGCAGAGGAGGGCCGAGAGGCGGCUGCCUCUGGAGCAGACAUUGUUAUGCUGGACAAUUUUCAACCUCAGGAGCUCCAUGUUGCAGCUAAUGCACUGAAGGAGGAGUUCCCAACACUACUGAUCGAGGCCAGUGGAGGAGUGACUCUAGAGAACUUUGCUAUGUAUCUCUCUCCACAUACAGACAUCAUUUCUCUGGGCUGCAUAACACAGGGUUGCCCAGUGGUGGAUUUUUCUCUCAAGGUUCAAAAGCCUGUUGUUCACUCAACCCUCAAAGAAUGAUGAUCUUUGUGUCAAUUGAUUGAAUGAGAAAAUUAUGUGAGAUUUUGUUCGGAUGAGGAGGAGAUUUUUAGUGUGCACUAAAAACUAUUGUACUGCAACCACAAUGGUCUACUGUUUCUAAAGAUUGAGAAAUAAGUCACAUCCUGUUGACUCACUGUGUCAUUGGUCAUUUGAUAGAAUAAAAGAAGAAAUGAAAAAGGAAACCAGACUGUACUUGUUUCUCUGCCAGAGCCAUGUGCGUCCAAUGACAAUGUCAUAUAGUUCUUGAAAAACAAAUUAUGUAUGGCUGUUGCCAUAGAGAAACAGCAGUCAUAUGUUAAAA